AUGCGAACCCACCUGUACUCUAUCUUCGUGGACCUAACGAAAGCCUUCGACACGGUGAAUCGUGAAGGACUGUGGAAUAUCGUGCAGAAAUUUGACUGUCCGGAGCGAUUCAUUGUGAUGGUGCGUCAGCUGCACGACGGUAUGAUGGCGCGAGUCACGGACAACGGAGCUGUCUCAGAGGCAUUCGCAGUGACCAACGGAGUGAAGCAGGGCUGCGUGCUGGCGCCAACCCUCUUCAGUCUCAUGUUCUCUGCCAUGCUGAUGGACGCCUACGGUGACGAACGCCCUGGAAUCCGCAUCGCCUAUAGGACGGACGGUCACCUUCUGAAUCAACGACGGCUGCACUUCCAAUAGCGAGUAUCCACAACCAUCGUUCACGAACUUCUCUUCGCCGACGACUGCGCCCUGAACACCACCUCGGAAGAGGAGAUGCAACGGAGUAUUUACCUGUUCUCCGCCGCCUGCGAAAACUUUGGUCUGGUCAUUAACACGCAGAAGACGGUGGUGACGCAUCAACCGCCACUCCCCCGAACGCGCCGCCGCAAAUCAGCGUGAAUGGGACCCUACUGCAAGUGGUGGAGUACUUCCCGUACCUGGGCAGUACUCAAUCCCGCAACACCAAGAUCGAUGACGAAGUCGCCAACAGGAUCUCGAAAGCCAGUCAAGCCUUCGGACGCCUCAACAGCAUAGUUUGGAACCGUCAUGGUCUCCAACUGAGCACGAAGCCGAAGAUGUACAAGGUUGUCAUCCUGCCGACGCUGCUGUACGGAGCGGAGACUUGGACAGUGUACACAAAGCAGGCACGCCGUCUAAAUCACUUCCACCUCAGUUGUCUCCGUCGAAUCCUGAGGCUGAACUGGCAGGACCGCAUCCCCGAUGCUGAUGUGCUGGAAGGGACGGGAAUCCUCAGCAUCUACACCAUGUUCAGACAAAUACAGCUGCGCUGGAGCGGCCACCUGGUGCGCAUGGACGGCGAGCGACUACCCAAACGACUCCUCUACGGAGACGUCGCGACGGGUUCUCGCCGCAAAUGA